AUGAUGGAGGACCCGGAGCGCUACGCAAAGGUCCCCUAUCCAGGUUCCGCGUCGUCCCGAUCCUGGGAAGAGGUGUCGGCAAUGAGCCAGGUGGACAAGGACCAGCGGCCCCUGACCCCAUCCAGUUCCGCAGCUCUGAACCCGCCGAAGGCACCACCCACGAAGCGCGGCGCGGAGAAGAACACCACCAAGGAACGGAUGCAUGUGGACCCGCCGGAGCAGGUCUUGGAGGAGAUCAGGGCGCUCGAACAGCGCCUUGCGGUGUUGAAGGACCAAGAGCGGACCGAGGACGAGAUCGACGAGGAGACCCAGGACCCCGUGUUCACCUACCACGAGGAUGAUGAGGACAAUGAAGGGGUGUGGGAAGAGCUCGUGGGCGAGAACCAGGACUCCUGUGUGUUGCUGUCCGAGAACAUCGAGAACAUCCUUGCGGAGGCCAUCCAGAAGGAGGACUACUCGGCGGCAACCCUCACCGCCGUCCUGGAGACCACCUUCGGCAAGAAUGGCGAAGAUUUUCCCAAUAGGGGAGCUCGGGCCAGGAAAAGGGCUAUGGGGGAGAAUGACACCGGCGGUUGCAGGAUCUCACUCGGCUACUACACCUACGGGAACAUGCGAGGGAUCUGUGCCAAUACCUCGAAGUACGCGUCUCUUUGCAUCUACCUCAAGAACUACUUCCUCGCGAAACAACCUGAUGCCAAAUGGUCCUCGCUCUCGAUCGCGCUGAACUGUCAGCCUCGGGUCCAUGCCGACUUCAACAACCUGAAGGGGACCCUGAACUACAUCACCUGCGCCGGCGACUUCACCGGUGGAGGAGGACUGUGGCAAGAGAACGGCCAUGCAAAGGGAGACGAUGUUGUGCUGGACCCCAAGGACCGCGAGAUCAAAGGGAAGGUGCUUCCGACUCUCGGAAACGUGGUGUCCUUUGUGCCGGAGCGCUCUCACUCGGCCCAGGCGUGGACGGCUGGGAACAGGUGGUCGGUGACAGCUUUCUCCACCAGAGGCUUUGCCGGGAGCACACAAGGUGAACGCCGACAACUUCGACUUUGGGGAUUCCCUCUACAUGAUCUACGACACCUUUCCCGUGACCGCAAGCAGAUCGUCGACCGCCGCAUUCCGCAGAAAGCCACACCACCCACUGCUGACGAGGAUGCCGGAAACCCGACUACAAUCACUUUUUCCUCAAGAGUGACCUCGCGGCCCAAGAAGAGCAUGAGGAAGAGUCUCUGGAGGAACGCUUCUCGUGCCAGUGCCUUCCUCACAUGGUCUUUGUCUUCUUUGUCACUGGCUCUCGCAGCUUCCCCUCCGAAACAGGACUCGCUGCCCUCUACGCCGACUAUAGCCUUGCUCGAGAUCGGUGGGAUCGAGCAGACCCUUCAGGCAACAAAUGAUUUCGGGUGUUAUGCGGCUGAACCCGUCUCCUGGGAAGACAUCCCACAAGACGACUCGGGAGAUUACUUGAUCAACUUGCUCGACCAGUCGCGGCCGUGCAUGUUGUGGAUAAACCCGACCGCACCGAACGAGAUGCUUGACGAGGCCAAGUUCUUCGAGGUCGUGGAUGUAUGUGGACGAUGGCAAGUGCAGCAGUAUGGUUCAGUUGUAAUUCCUACCGAACCCCUACCAGAGCCAUCACAACAGAGAGUUCUACGUCAACUUGCUACUUUCGGGUCGGUCACCACUGUCCUCCUCGACAACAAGCAGUGUUUCAAGGCCACAGCCUCCGAGACCAUCUCCAACCACAUGGCAGAGGGAGAUGUUCGAGGGGAUCAAGAUGGACAGCCUCUUCGUGAAGGGGCCGCUGGGAUUACCUUCGACAAAAAGGUUCCCAAGGACAUUGCAGCGGCCCUCCGUCGUCUACACCAGAAUCUCGGACACCCCGCCCGUGAAGACCUGGUCCGCCAUCUUCAUCUCGCCGGAGCCGACAAGGACGUGAUCAAGGCGGCCAAGAGUCUCAGCUGCUCUACUUGUGCGAGGACGAAAGGGCCUAAGAGUGCCCGUCCGGCAGCGGAGCCGAAGCUAUUGGAGUUUGGAGAUGUUGUUGGAGUCGACAUGAUGUAUGAUUACGACAUCGAUGGCAAGAAGAUCAAGCUGUUUUCCAUCGUGGACCACGCCUCCUCCUAUCAGGUGGUGAUACAAGUUCCCCGACAGACCGGGAGUGUCUUGGAGAAGGCGCUCGUUAAGCACUGGAUCCAGGUGUUUGGAGCUCCAAAGGUGAUCACACUUGACCUGGAGAGAGGAAUCCAGGACGCUUUCGGUCGCCUUGCCGAUUGGUUCCACAUCGACCUUCGCACCAGCGCCGGACAGGCCCACUGGCAGUCUGGGUUUACCGAAAGACACGGGAAGUGGUGGAAAGAGAUCUUCGCGAGGGUCGUUCAGGAUCAGACCGUGCGCGGAGAGGAAGUUGAGGAAGCCAUCGCGGCAACUUCCUCGGCGAAGAAUGAGCUACGACGCCGUUGUGGUUGGGCGCCCUGCCAAAUCGUCUUCGGGAAGAACCCCCGCGGUGACGACGACCUACGAUUCGAAGCUGAGGAAGGCGGUGGGGAACUACUCAGGACCCCAGACUCAGCACAGCAGCGCCGUGAGAUGAUCCGCAACGCCGCCAAGCUCUCCUUCUUCAAGUCCCGCACCGAGGACAAGAUCCGGAGAGGGAUGUCCCAGAGGGCCCGAGUGAAGCCCAGGGAUCUCGACAACGGAGCCAUGGUUCUUUUCUGGAGGAAGCCCGCGAACAAGAAGACCGGUCUUUGGAAGGGGCCCGGAACCAUUAUCGGGCGCCAAGAUAACAACUACUGGGUGUCACAUAGCGGACGGUGUUACCUAUGCGCCCCAGAACACCUUCGCAAAGCCCUGCCAGAGGAACUUGGUGGGAUGUUCGCGCUCCGCGCGACAAAGGACGAUCUACUACGUUUGGUGGAAAGGAACUAUGACGACUCGGCGGUGUUCCCAGGCGAGGACGACGGCGAGAUCGGGGACAAGGACCUUUUCGACGCGGUCAUGGAUCUCUCCGAACCCGAGGGUGGCGAAGAUGAGGUCGAAACGGGUGACAUGGAGCUCGAUAAUGGCGAUCUACUUGAAGAAGGACCACCCGGACUUCCUCGUGAUGACCUCCCCCGCGCCGUCCGCAGGAGAUUUUCCACGAAAAGACCGGAGCCCUACGACGCGACCAAGGAAAAGGAAGUGGUCAAUGAGGCCCACAUGUUGAAGAGGGCGACUACCAAACGUGGCAGAGACAAACAACUCGAGAAGGAGAUCCCGUGGAGCAUGAUACCGGAGUCCAAGAGACAGCUCUUCAUCGAUGCAGAGCACAAGCAAUGGGAAGAACAUCUUCGACUAGGAGCUCUUCGCCCCUUGGACCUUGCAGAGAGCGCCGAGAAGAUCAAGUCGGGGCGGGUGCUUUCUUCGAGGUUUGCAUACCAUGACAAGAACUUGGCUCGACGACGGACUGACCCGACAGUCGAAUGGAAGGCCAAGUCAAGGCUUGUGGUGUCCGGACAUACCGACCCGGACAUUGUCUCAGGUGCUCUUCGGACUGACUCGCCCACGGUGUCACGCACGGCGGUCAUGACACUUCUUCAGUUGGCCGCUUCCCGACUGGAUGCCGACUGGGGCGUUGCAGCUGGUGAUGUGACUGCAGCUUUUCUCAACGGCGAGAAGUUGGACCGCGAACUUUAUCUACGACAACCAAAGCACGGUCUUCCAGGACUCCACCCAGAUCAACUCAUAAAGAUCGAGAAGGGGGUUUUCGGGUUAAUCGAUAGCCCUAGGAAAUGGUGGAAGAAGUUCAAGAAGGAUAUCCAAGAACUGACGAUCGACCUCCCGGACAACAAGAAGGGCAAGUUCUUCGCAUCCCCUUUGGAUCCAUGUGUGUUCCAACUGAUUGAGUUGGAUGCUGACGGCAAGCGCGGAACCGGACCACCACUGUGCUACGCAGCGGUCCAUGUUGAUGACAUACUCCUGGCUGGACCUCGAGCUCUUCGCACUUCGGUCCAAGAACAACUCUCCAAAUGUUUUCCGGUGGACGAAUGGGAAGAGGACGUCUUCGACUUUAUCGGUUCCCAUAUCGAGACCCGACAUGAUGGCAUCUUCAUAUCUCAGUCCUCCUAUGCCACCAACCGCCUUUUCGAGAUCUACGUCGACCCCAAGGCACCAGGAGAUGCACUUGCUGACGCCGAACAGGUUGCAGACAACCGCUCUUUGGUUGGUGCCCUUUCAUGGUUGGCAUCACAAUCAAGGCCAGAUUUGGCCUGUGGAGUGUCCAUGUGUCAACAACUACAGGCCCGACCGACGAUCGAGGACAUCCGUUUUACUAACACGAUGGCGAAGCGGGCACUGCUACACAAGGAAGAAGGCAUCCUCCUGGCGAAGAUCCCUCUCAACGAGAUGGUCGUGACGGUGUUCCAUGAUGCGGGAUGGAGCAAUGCGCCGGACUCCAACGCGGACCCCAUCUACUUCCUCUACGAGGAGGACGAGAAGAACGGCAUGAUCACCGAAGGACCCUGGGUGAACAAGGCCCGCAAGACGAAGAAGAAGAACUCGAGCGUGGCAUCGCAGCUUGGGACCCUGGUGAUGCUAUGUGGCAAGGAUGGGGUCACUUCUUCAGGUUCUCCGGCUAGUAUCUUGGAAUGGCGUUUUCCCAUGCUUGUGAUCGGGUCUGCCGGUCUACUUUUGGAGCAGAAACCAUGGGCUGCAUUGAGGGGUUCGAGCUUGGACAGUAUGUGA